AUGGAGAAGGGAUACAGCACGGUCACUUUCGAAGGGGCACCCAGCUACGGCCACACGCCCUCGCACCAUGCAGCGCAGUUUCCCAACCACUCCUUCAAACACGAGGACCCCAUGAGCCAGCAGGGCUCUCUGGGCGAGCAGCAAUAUUCGGUGCCGCCCCCGGUGUAUGGCUGCCACACCCCUUCGGACAGCUGCACCGGCAGCCAGGCCCUGCUGCUGAGGACGCCCUACAGCAGUGACAAUUUAUACCAAAUGACCUCCCAGCUUGAAUGCAUGACCUGGAAUCAGAUGAACCUAGGAGCCACCUUAAAGGGAAUGGCUGCUGGGAGUUCCAGCUCAGUGAAAUGGACUGAAGGGCAGAGCAACCACGGCACAGGGUAUGAGAGUGAGAACCACACAACCCCCAUCCUCUGUGGUGCCCAGUACAGAAUACACACCCAUGGUGUCUUCCGAGGCAUUCAGGAUGUACGACGUGUGUCUGGAGUGGCCCCAACUCUUGUCCGCUCAGCAUCUGAGACCAGUGAGAAACGUCCUUUCAUGUGUGCCUACCCGGGCUGCAAUAAGAGAUAUUUUAAGCUGUCCCACUUACAGAUGCACAGCCGGAAGCACACUGGUGAGAAACCAUACCAGUGUGACUUCAAGGACUGUGAGAGAAGGUUUUCUCGCUCAGACCAGCUCAAAAGACACCAAAGGAGACACACAGGUGUGAAACCAUUCCAGUGUAAAACUUGUCAGCGAAAGUUUUCCCGGUCCGACCACCUGAAGACCCACACCAGGACUCAUACAGGUGAAAAGCCCUUCAGCUGUCGGUGGCACAGUUGUCAGAAAAAGUUUGCUCGGUCAGACGAAUUAGUCCGCCAUCACAACAUGCACCAGAGAAACAUGACCAAACUCCAGCUGGCGCUUUGAGGGGUCCGACCGGGGGACAAUUCAGCAUCCCAGGCAGGACAGUGUGCAAACAGCUUCCAAAUCUGAUUUUGAAAUUCCUCCCCACUCACCUACAAAAUGACUUGCUGGGGGAUCGUCACCCAAUUUCCAAGACAGCACACGAGUUUGGCUAUACCCUGUCAGGUUUGCUGGAAGGAGACUGUGCUCCACCUACUCUUGUCUAACUCAUAGGCCUGAAAAAGUGGCUCAAGAUGUCUUGUUAGUUGAAAGCACGUUGCCAUUGGGUCUGAGUUUUCCACUGUUAGAAGAACCAUUGUUGCUAAUGUCCCCCUACCUUCCUCUUCUCCUUUAUGCACAUUUUCACCAGGACUGCAGCGAUUGUUCCAUUUUCCAUCAUGGGAUAUUUAUAGGCCAGGGCAUGUGUAUGUGUCUGCUAAUGUAAACUUUGUCAUGGUUCCCAUUUACUAACAGCCCUAGAAAGAAAUAAAUCAGAGAGCAAGUCACCUGGGGCAAAUAUCACCCAAAAUUCCAGAGGUCAGGCUGCAAACCUGGAAUCCUGGAAGGCAGGAAGUAAUUCUGCCAGGCAACUUUUAAAGCUCAUAGGUUUCAAGUAACUGAAUAGUGGAUUAGAAUUAACCAGAACCUCUGAGUAGAAACCUGAAGUUGUCUUCCUGUUCAGCUACUCAUUGUUAACAUUAGCACCGUGCUAUGAAAUAAUGAUUAAAGAGCAGAUUUUUUUAAACAAUGUUUUUGAUUUAUUUUUUAGUUGUAAUUAGGUACAUCUUCAGAGAUGUGCUUUCCUUUUCAUGCAAAGGAAGUGGAAGAGUUCAUAUCUAUCAUCUGGGGUGUCUUUAGAGUGUAAAGACCACACUGGCUAUGUGGCUUCAAGUUGUAAAAAUUAAAAUGACUUUAAAAGAAACUAGGGGCUGGUCCAGGAUCUUCGCCGGUAAGACUGUUCUUAAGUAACUUAAGUAUCUUUGACUCUGCAAGUAUGUGGGAAAAAAAGAUAUAUUAUUGUGAGGAAAUCCAUUGUUUAAAGGUGUGUGUGUGUUGUUGUUGUUUUUUUUUUUAAAGGGAGGGAGUUUAUUAUUUACUGUUGCUUGAAAUACUGUGUAAAUAUGUAUGUAUAUAUAUAUGAUGUGCUCUUUGUCAACUAAAAUUAGGAGGUGUAUGGAUAUUAGAUACAUCACUGUGUGGAUGCCAAUCUUACAGUGUAUUGAUGAUAAUACUAAAAAUGUAACCUUCAUUUUUUUUCACUUGGCUGUCAAUUAAAGUCUAUUCAAAA